AUGAGAAGUAUUACUACCUGUUACAGUGAGCAUUCAAUCCAGGUCUCGAAUUCGUAUUGUUCAGGGCCUUCCGGUCAGCCUUACCUCUCCCCUGGCUUAAUUCCUUCGGUUCAAAAUUCGGUUACUUGUCUGUACAAAGUCAAACUCUCGGCUGAAAAGCACUUCUUCAUUAAAAUCACAUGGUGCGACUCAGUAGGCCAAGGCUUCUCAAUUGGUAUUGGGGAGGAUACCCGUUCUCUUUCCAAAUUCAGCAGAAAUUCCAGGCAAUUCAAGAAGGUCAAAGGCACAAAAGCCUUCGAAUGCUGCGAUUCAAGAAUCGAAGUGCUCUGGGAUCUGUCUCAGGCUACGUUUGACAUUGGCCCUGAGCCGGUCAAUGGAUAUUAUGUUACGGUUUGGGUCGAUUCUGAGUUAAGUCUAAUUCUUGGAGACAUGGAAGAAGAAUUAGACGUGAGAAAAAGCACGUCCGGUGUACAAUUGCCAAAAUUUUCAUUGCUUUCCCGGAGUGAACAUUUCUCAGGGAAUGCCCUGUAUUCAACCAAGGCUCAGUUUUGCGACGCGGGAACAUGUCAUGACAUAGUGAUCAAGUGCGUUGGUGAAGACACGGGAUCAAAGGAUUCGGAAUUAUCUGUUACUAUUGAUAAGAAGAAUGUCAUUCACGUGAAGAGGUUGCAGUGGAAUUUUAGGGGAAAUCAGACAAUUUUUGUGGAUGGACUAUUGGUGGAUAUGAUGUGGGAUGUUCACGACUGGUUUUUCAAUCCGUCACCUGGAUAUGCUGUUUUCAUGUUUAGGACGAGAAACGGGCUGGAUAGCAGAUUGUGGUUAGAGGAGAAAAUGUUGGAGCAGAAGGAACAAGAGAGAGGUGGCUUCUCCUUGUUGAUUUGUGCCCGUAAGACCUCUGACUAA